AUGAACAAAGAGCGUUCCUUUUACUUUGGUAAAGUAGCCUCAUCUGCCAGUCCACCGGAUUACGUAUUGGUAGAUGAAUUUCCAUGCAUUGUGACAGGGGUGGAACAUCCCGACACGGCCGACAGCAUAGUAACUUCUCUAAGUGCUCUGCUUAAACGGUCAAUGAUAACGCCGUUUCAACGCGGUGGAGCAAAGCCCGUUAGACGGUCUAAGGAGACAGAUUCAGGGAGCUUGAGAAUACCUUUAGGUCUUGUGAACCGGUUCCAGGAUAUGUCAAGAGGGAGAAUACUGGAUAUACAAAAUACUGAAUUGGGAGAAAGGAUCGAGGGACUCCGACGGAAGCGAGACAGCAUACAGGAAGCAAUAAUUCAACAAGAAGAAGAGAAGAAUAAAUUGCAGCACGAUAUACGAAUAUUAGCCGACCGUCUAGCACAGAUAAACGAGAUUCUCUGUCAGAAAAUCAUGUUACGUGAUUCAUAUGACAGGCUUAUAAAUGAGUCGGAAUUCGCCUACGUAAAAAUCAUCCAAAGCUCAUAUGCUCUACUGGCGUCACUGAGAUCAAAGGAUGAAAAGUCACCAAAUACGAGUGGGAGAACUCGCUGUUGA